AUGUCGAUAUAUCGAUGCCACCAAUGGGACGAGGGCAUCGAACAACAAUUCCUAGGGGUUUCUCCAGUGUGGGACGAGGUCCUGCUCUAUCAAACCAAGCAUCCCGAUGCGGCUACUGAAACCAAUGACAUUUUCAAAGUCGCCCACCGCCUGGGAUUCGAUCACAUCCUGUGCUUGGACUACUCGAGGGAAUAUAACGGCAUUGUUGGCGUUGGAUGUAACGGAGAAAAUACCGUGGCUGUGUUUGAUAUCAAGUCCGAAUCUAGUUCGGUGCUUAAGAUCCAGGCGAAGCAGCUGAGGUCCAUCAACUCGAUCUCAUUUCGCCACAACUUACUCGCCAUCGGCUUUGAGAAGGGCCGCCUGGAUAACUCUUUACAAAUAUGGAACGUUGAACAUUAUUCCCGAACCUCCAAUAACGAUCACAUCAACACCCCGCUCCAAGGGUGCUUACUGCUGGAAACAGUCACCUCAGUCACUUGGGUCGACGAACAGAAUUUGUUAGUUGCAUCUCCCAAACACAUACGCGGGAUUGAUACCAGAACAAGUGAACCACACCCCACGUGGCAAAUCAAUCUGAAGCUAGCUUUUGGCGUUACGUGCGAUCCAUUCGACAAUCAUUACUUUGGUAGUUUUAGUGAGGACGGGACGGUAGCGAUUUGGGAUCAGCGUAAAAUUCUGAAUGCCACCGGUCUGAAGAAAAACGUUGAUCCACUCUUGACGUUCCCACGUUUAGUGCCCGAGUGGAACCCUCGCAAAAACCAAGGACCUUGCUUCAGAUUCUCGCUGGUGAGAAGGGGCGAAUUCGCUACUGUCUACUCCGGUGACACUAUAAGAAGAUGGAAUUACAUGCAUGUGCCUCCUGUACCUCCACACGCACCCGAUUCCGAUGAUGCUGAAAAGCUUACAUCAGAUACUCCCGAACUCAACAAUUUGAAGAAUCAGUGUCUGCAAGUAUUCAAGCCUAGUGAAGAGCUGUUGAUCGUAUCAAUUGUAUUGGACGUCAAGACUGACUACGAAAGAGUGGUAUCAUUCGACUACUCGCCGGAUUUGACUUGUGCUACCUCAACAAACUUCGUGUGCAUGAGACAAUCAGGGCUGGUGUUCCGAAUGCCUGCGGUAGAGUGUGUUGAGGAGUUCAAUUUCAACCCCUACAAUGAGCUUAGUUAUUGCGGACCUGAGGGAACGCAUACAUUGUUUUUACCGUCGAGUGAUUCGAUGCCUUCGAAAAGUCGUCGUGGAAUUAAUCAUGCCGAACGUCGUAUCGAUUUGGCACUCAACGAUGACCUCAAGAAGUACACCAAUCUGUCCGAUGGUCCAAAUGGGGGUGAUGAUGAAGAAUCAUUUGAGGACUAUGAAGAGGAAUCCGAUGAUGACCUCGACAAUGCCCGAUUCCCAAAACGUCACGAAUCUGCAGCCCUCAAUCUUGACCCCCAACUGGUCAUGUAUAAUGAUAUCUGUAAUGUGAUUCGUCGCAGAGCACUCAUGGGCUAUGGUCUCCAUGAUUGUUCCAACAAUAUCAAAAUCCUCGAAGACAUCGAUAUCAUCGACGGCCAAAUGCUGAUUCGAAACGUUUGGAAGUGGCUUGACUUGGCUAAGAGGUCUCUCGAUAAAGGUUCUAUGAUCAGCGAGGGUGUCGAUCUCGGAUUUCAAGGGGUGUUAGGUAUUUGGAACGGGCCAAGUUUCAUGCAAGAUGAAAUACGAACAAGCAGAGACAGUGGCCCAUUGACAAUGGAAAUGUUCAAAAACGCAGUUCAGCUGAUUGUUAAACAGAAAGGUACAAAAACGGCAAAUAUUCUGAUACCCAAGAACUCUCAAAAGAAAGCGGAACGUAUGCUUUGUUUGGUGGUAUCGGGGUGGUACUUGGCUAAUCUGGAAUUUGAAGAAAAGCUUGACAUUUUGAUCAAUCUAGGCUUCACUACAAAAGCUGCAGGAUGGGCUGUUUUCCAUGGUGAUGUCAAUAAAGCUAUUGAGAUUCUCUCUCGAGCCAAAAAUGAGCGACUCCGUAUCAUUGCGACAGCCAUUGCUGGGUAUCUUGCAUACAGCGAUUCCAAGGUGAAUCUGCCGUGGAAAGACCAGUGCCGUCGCAUGGCACUGGAACUUGAUGAUCCGUAUCUCCGGGCUAUUUUCGCUUACAUUGCUGACAAUGACUGGUGGGACGUUUUGGAUGAGCACCUGCUUCCCCUUCGUGAACGCCUAGGAGUAGCUCUCUCAUUCCUCGGUGACAAGGAUUUGGAUGUUUACUUGAAUCGAGUGGCGGACACUGUGAUGAAACGAGGUGAACUUGAAGGUCUCAUUUUGACUGGUGUCACCCCCAAGGGCAUUGAUUUGUUACAAAGUUACGUGGAUCGCACAAAGGAUGUCCAAACGGCAGCACUCAUUUCUGCGUUUGCAUGUCCAAGAUACUUCAUAAGUGAGAGAGUAAAGCAUUGGAUGGACAGUUAUCGAACAUUACUUAACAGUUGGCAAUUAUUCCUGGUCCGGGCGAAACUUGAUGUCUUGAGAACAAAGCUCUCUAAAAAUUACAACGGGCAUCCAACUCUCAAGGCCAACCCUAAGCAGGUCCAUUUACAGUGUUUGCGAUGCAACAAAAACUUCAACAAACCUGUGGGUCAAUUGGCUGCUGGAUCAGCCAACGGCAAUCUGAGUGGGCUGAGUGGUGCAGGGGCAUCGCUAAUCAAACAAUUCAACAAGCUUCAAAUGAAAACCCUGGAGAGCCCCACUAUCGCCAAUUGUGUGCAUUGCGGUGCUCCAUUCCCUCGAUGCUCUGUAUGUUUGCUUACAUUAGGAACGCCCAUACCUGACCAACCAGUUGAAGCCAACAAAAACGCUACAAAAUUUAACGACUGGUUCUCAUUUUGCUUACUGUGCAACCAUGGUUGUCAUGCACACCAUGCUGAAGAAUGGUUCCGUAAACAUUACGUUUGUCCCGUGCCGCUGUGUAAUUGUCGCUGUAAUAGUAAGUAA